CAAGCGUUUGGGAUCCUUAAAAAAUUAUUUGCUUCUGUGUUUCUGUAACUUUGUGCAGCAAUCUGAAGAACUUGAAACAAAAAAACCACAAAAAAACUAGAAUUUUAUCGAAAAUGUUAAGUUUGUCAGUUGCAUCAGUUUUGCUGCUUGGUUGCAUUCAAGUAUGCAUUGCGAAACAAGAUUUAGGAGCCCUCAAUGUCAAUCGAAUGCAACAAGAAGUACAUACUGCCCCAAAAUUUGUAGCUGCAGAGGCAAGGGACAUUAAUCUGGGCGUCAGCGAUUUCCAAUGCCCACCUGGCUACGUUAUUUACCCUGAUAUUCAAUGUAAUCGUUACUAUACUUGUUACGGAGGUCAACCCACCUACUUAUGGCAGUGUAACAGUGAUUUGCUAUUUGACCUUGUUUACAAUGGAUGCAACUGGAAAGAACAAGUUGACUGUGGGGAUCGCAUUCCUCCUGAUCAAGUGACGACAUCUACGCAGGCAGUGACAUCUACACAAGCACCCUCUGUAAAUUUUACAUGCCCCGAGCCCAACGGUUUCUUUGCCGCUUAUCCAGAUUACUGUUCCUCAGUUUUCUACGAGUGCCUUGAUGGAGUUGCUUAUCUGAUGCAAUGCGCAGCUUACGGCGUUUUUGAUCCUGUUGCUCAAGUAUGCGUUUCACCUGAUUCACCGGCUUGCACACAAUACACAACCCCCCGUGUGUCAACUACUCAAAAACCAACAACUAGUGCACCACCAGGCUUUCAGUGCCCAGCUGAAGAUGGCUUCUAUCCAAUAAAGGAAUUAACUUGUAGUGUCAACUAUUAUUCAUGUGUUGACGGAAUCGCGUAUGUGGAGACCUGUCGAGGAAGUAGUGUGUUUGACCCAGUGGACAAAGUGUGUACCACUAAUAGUUCUUACUGUGGCACAUUAACAACAUCGGCUGGUUCUGCUUCAACGACCUUGCGAACAACUACAUUGUUACCUCCAGUAUCGACUACUACUCCCCCUUCUGGACCGUUUACCUGUCCAGAGCAAAACGGCUAUUUUGCCGAUCCGAAUUCCUGCACCCAGUACUAUCAAUGCUCUAACGGCGUUCCGAACCUAUUUGUGUGUCCGGGUGGACUGGUUUUCAACCCGGUAAUUUCCCAGUGUGAUUGGCCUUAUAACGUACCAGGCUGUGAGCCGUCAUUGGUUAAGGUCGGUAAACAGUAAAGAAGGAACUGGACGAAACACUAACCUCUCUGUCCGUAGAGCUGCUAAGGUUAAAUAACAUCAUCAUGGAAAACCCUUACUUCUUCUAUAGAGCUGUCAAGACAACAAUAAGUAGAUAAUCCUUCCCUAAUUGUGACACUACUAUGUACGUAAUAUUGAAUUUCCGUUCAACGGUUGUGUAAGGGCAUAGAGGCAUAUUUAAGAAAUGCCGUAGCAAUAAACCAAAUUCAUUACGCUA